AUGACAACAAAAGAAUGGGAGAACAUCACAAACCAGGUUUUGACCCGAGGGGUACAAAACGAAGCAGAAACACUACUGAAUCAACAAGCGGAAUCAGUUGACAAUAACACGGCAGUAUUUGCGGACGAGUUGGACAAAGACGAGGAUACAACAACAGUCAGACCAAGCAGUCGACAAACAAAGAACCAGGGUCCAAAGAGAUACGGCAGCCCGGUAUCACACUCAGUAAAUUUGAUUAGUUGUGACGACGAUGUAAUAGAGCUAAGCUUGGCAGCACUUGAGGCCUACUGGGAAAAGAGGAAAUUCAGACGCUACUCAGUCACCACCGCCCUCAUUAUCGAAGAGUCGCAGGCGAAAAAGGCGGAGAAAGACGACAAGUCAUCACUCGGGUCAUUCGACCCACUCGGCAUCUUCUCGGCUCAAAUGGGUCUCUCCUCGUCAUCGGCGAGUGGAUCCAAGAGUCGCAAGCAGCAAGAGGACAAAAAGUUGAGUUACGUGAAACGACAAGACCAGUACUUGAAAAAACUACAAGCUAGAAAUGAAUUCUACAAAAGUCGACGACCGGUUGAGAACUACCGCAAUAAUCGCUCUUCUAACUUGCAGCCUCAAAUCUCAGUUAAUGCACCCCCAACCAACGCUGUCCCGGUCGCCCCCAUGUCCGAACGACGAAACCUGUCCUUCACAGAACUCUGGGUUCCGGACAUGUUCUGGAAAUCCAACAGCGAUACGGAGUGUUCCAGUUUACAAAAACAAACGACUGAAAGAUCCCGCAACGGAUCUGGAAACUUGGUUUUUUCCAAGCCAACUCUGGGAGGCAGUUCCAAUGACUUAUGCAGUAACCUCACGUACCCCAGUUUUCUGUCUCACACUCCGGCGGCAAAGGGAGUUAAGCGAGUCCCACGACCGAACACAGAGCCGAGUGCUCGUCGAAAAAUAACUCGUAGCGAGACGAUUCUCAACAUCAACGACACACGCGCAUCAGUUAGUGACUCGGGCUGGGCUGAGCGAUUCGGGAGCCGUUUGAGCUCAUUGGACGGUUGCCGUUCGUCCUCUUAUUUCAACAUCAACUUGCAGUCGCGUCUGCCGCAUCUGCAGAGUGUCCCUCGGGUGCACGCGUUCACCUUCUGCUUCCUCUUGGCCACCUGCUGCAUCGCAAUGGGUUCGGUCAGUUUGUUCACCAAAUCUCAAUACCUACUGCCCAAAUUCUACUUGUUUUACCUGGUGGCCAACAUCUUCUACUUCGUCGGGAAGCUGGUUCUAAUGUCUCUGCACGAACAUCUGCUGCACUGUCUAGAGGACAAAAGAUCAAUCGCGUUGCUAGUGUACAUGCUGCUACUGCUGACCACACCCAUGAUAGCAGCCAAUGACUUGCCACCUGCAGUGGUCGCCAUGUCAGUCACCAUGGUAGCCAGCAACUUCUGCCCAACUGGCAUUGUAGAUAUCCGAAUAAGUUAA